UUUCAUUGGUAAUCGAUUUUUUCUAUUAUUUUUUAGAAUUUUAAUUUUUUCUAUUUUUUCCUUAUUCUCUGUUUUUGUCUUUUUACAACAUUUUAUGAGAAAUCGAAUUAGUGACCAUUUUCUUUUUAAUAUCCAAAUAAUGACAGAAAUUAGUGCGAUGGUAAUUUUUCCAACAAAGUAAAUUAUAUUUGAAAAUAAAUACACUGCAAGGGCUACUAAAACCAUGGCGAGUUCGGGAUUGCAUCUAGGAUUGGUUAAUCGUUCAAUGCAUAAAUUACAUUUUAUUAGUCCACACAUAUUUAAUGGUUGGCAUUUAAUCCCUUUUUCCUUUAUAUUUUGACCGUUAUUAAAGAAUUUUAUUGUUGCUUCAAACCCAUUUAUUAAGUCUUCCUUUGGUAAUGUAAUUUCUUGUGUAGUGUCGGGAAAAGGUAUAUAAAUGCAUUUUUUCAAACAAAUUUCUAUUCCGUUUAUUUCUUUAUUUAUUUUUAUUAAAAUUCCUUCCUUGGCGCACUCUAACUCACAUUCUUUACAUCCCUUCUCAUUUUCAUUUUUAAAAUCGUAUACUCUUUUAGAAAUUUCACCCCACGCUUUAAUGACGACUUUACCAUGAUUUGAAACAAAAUAUGCCACUUCAUUUUUAGAAUAAAAACAAAAUUUUUUCCCAUUUUCAGAACAUGCGUGUUUAGAACAGUAUAGGGGUGAUCCGGUUGUUUCCCCAACCCCAAAGCAUAUAAACUCGUCAUUUAAAUUUUCUUUCAUUUCUAUCUUUAAUUCAUUAACUAAAUGUUUUGUACCAUCGUAUAACUCGAUUUGUUUAAAUUUUUUAAUUUCUGAAAAGUUUUUACAAUUUUCUUUAUACUCAAAUGAACAUAUUUUUGGCCUAUUAUGUUCUAUAAUAUUUUUUACAUCUGGGUCAUUGGCUGUUGAUCUUUUUAUCUCUAAUCCUUUAUAAAAUGAACACUCUAUUGCCCAGUCGGGACAGACACAAGCCGGGUUACAAUUUCCUUUUCCACACUCGUUUCUUUUCCAACAAA